AUGGCGCCUUUCUUCUUCAAAAGCCAGCAGCAGGCGAGUGGCAGCGCACCUGUCCCGCCAAGCAAGGAUGCCCCGUCCAAGAAGAAGGUGAAGCCUUCGACUGCGAACGGGCAGCUCGCCCCGACCAAGUCGUUCUUCUCCCUCAGCAACAGCUCCCGACAGAGGCUUGCAGCUCUCGACCCCCUCUCGCCUCCACUACCCUCCACACCGACUCUACAACAGCAGCAGUCUUCUCCCACCUCGCCGGGCUCCCACGCCUCGAGCGACAUGUAUCCCUACCCGCAUUCCCUCCUCGACGAGCGCGACCUGUACCCGACACGACCGCAGUCUCCGCAGCUGACGCGGAGCACGAGCGCCGAGGCGCCUCCGCCGAGCCGUCUCAACCCCGCCCGCCUCCUCCGACGAAAAGCCUCCGGCAAGCGGAAAGACAAGGAGCGCGAGCAGCCCCGCGAGCCAAGGGACGAGGAGCAACUCGCCCCCGAGGGCGGGUGGCACCGCCGCAACGGCUCGAACGGGAGUCUCAGCCUCGUGCAUUCCAGCAGUCUGGGGAGUUUCCGCGCCACUUCCCCGAUCGACAUGCAGUACCGUCCUCAACCGGGCUUUCACGGACGUCGGCCAAGUGCAAGCGGUUCGGCGCUGAAUCUCGCCCCUUCGGGCGGAUUCGUGCAGGAGACGCUCAGCAGCCCCGUCAUGAUGCACCACUUUGGCAGUGCAGCUUCCUUGGCCCUGGGUUAUACGGGGAGUAUACGCAGCAUGCGGUCCGACGACAGCAAGCGCCUGCCGAUCCCCUUCAUCCACGACGGGGACAUGGUCGUGAGCGAGGUCAUCGAGCAUCCGUUCCUGAACGCUGGCGCUGCGAGCGCGACCUCGGCGCCGGCGACGACCAUCACGCCAAGCACGAGCAGCACGGGCACGAUCGGCGCGCCGAGUAUCCGCGCACCAUCACCGGCGUUCGCGGAGGGUGUGGAGCCCUCGCCACCAAGACGGAGAGGUGGGAACCCGCCCCCGCCGCUCCGGCCGCAGCCGAGCUUGCCCAGCCUGAACCGCAGUUCAAGCCCGGCACCAAUCCUGCCCAAGGGCCACAGCCGGGCACAGAGCCCGAUGAGCAGUGAUGUCGAGGAGCCCCGUAUCACGGCCGAGUGGCUGGCACGCAAGCCGAGCACGAGGCGGAGAGUCCAGCCGAGCUUCAGCAGCCUCGCUCGGGACGACAGGCCUCUAGCUGAGAGACGCGGGAGCGAUGGACGUGCCGAGCUCGGUCGAGUCGAGCCGCCAAGGGAGCUCCGCGAGGACAGGCGAGGCAGCGACGGCCGAAGGGGCAGCGAUGGUCGAGACCGAGCCCGGGGCUCUGGCGGAACGGCCAGCAACAGCGCAACACCACCUUCCCGCCCACGAGCCUCCGGCGGCGGGCUCGGCGCGGGCCUGUCCGCCAACUUCUACUCUCAAAAGGCAGGCAGCACGUCGUCCCUCCGCCUCCCCGUCGAGAAGCACCCGCGAGCGUGUUCGCCGUCUGAAAAGCGAGACCUGCGCGAUUCACGGGAGAAGCCCGCCGCGCCGCCACCCCUGCCCUCCAUCCCAAGUCGGUUGAGCGGGGAGCUCGGCGCAGGCUACGAGGUCAGCGUGCAGUGCAUCAGCACCGGGGAGGAGAUCCGGUGGGAAGUCGUCAUGCGCCGCGCGAAGCCGUCCCCGGGGUCUGUGGGUCAAGUCGCACUCGGCAAAGAGGGCACGACGGCGAGCGCGCCCGCCGGCGCGGGGAGCGUGAACCUGAACCUGGCGCUGGACGUCGAGCAGCCGAGCGGCAAGAUGCUCUUCCUGUCUUCGAGCGGGGAGCAGAUCCGCGCUCGCACAAGGUCGUCGACGUCGCCUCGUGCGUCCCGCUUGGAUGGGAGCUUGCCGCCUCUCCCGGCCAAGGACAAGGACGUCGUGAGGGAGAAGGAGGCCCCCCUGCCCCCUCUGCCAGUCAGCGCGCUGCCGCUGCCGCACCCUACGCAUGCGCAUAGUCACUCCUUUGCAGGCCGCGGACACUCGCGCAACCUCUCUCUCGCCCAGUAUCCUUCGCACGCGCACGGGUUUCAGCCCUUCAACCAGGUGGGGACCGUCCCGGGCACGGCUUCGGGAACGGCUUCGGGACAGACAUUCCAGCCGACGCAGCCGCAGCCCUACUACUCGGAUCGCGAGACGCACCACCGUCCCUCCAGGCCGCUGCCCAUCCCCGGCCCCGGCCUGGGCGAACGGAGCCAGCUUCCCUACGCGCAGCCCUACUCGCCCGCCACGACCGCGCCCUCGCCGGCCACACCGGCGUUCAGCGGCCCGCCGCUCGUGCUCGAGCCCGCUGCCCCGGCUGAGCGGCAUCCGAACCGCGACAAGGUGGCGGAUGAGGGGCUCUGGAGGGAGUACAGGUUUGAGGCGGCGUGA